AUGGCCGCCAAAGCCUCCAAAUACCCGGAUCUCCUGCUCUCCUUUCUACUUCCUAAAUUGGAGACGAGUAAUCCAAAACUCCGUGUAGGAACCCUCCUAAUCCUGAAACAAGUGAUCAACUCUGCUACCUCGUAUAUGGAGUCUAAGAAGCCUCUGAUUGUAGCAGCAGUGAAACAGCCGUUACAGGAUGGCAAUAACAAGGUGAGACGAGCAAUGGUUCAGCUGAUUAGUGCUAUGGCCCACCAUGGCUACCUGGAGCAGGCCGGGGGAGAGGUUCUGUUAGAGUAUCUCAUCAGGCUGUGCUGCACAUCUCCAGAGCUGACGGUCCGUAGACAGAACUCUGAGCCCGACGACGUUACUGAAGAGAAUGUGCGGCGCAUCAGCAUCAGUACUUUAUAUCUGAUCAGCACCACUGUGGACCGAAUGACCAAUAUUCUCUGGCCGUACCUUCUGGAGUUUUUGGUUCCCAUUCAGUUUACCAAUGCAGUUACCCCACUCUGUAAGAGCCUGGUGCAGCUGGGGCAGAAGAAGCAGGAGGAAGGAGUGGAAAUGUUUCUCAUCAACUACAACCUGAACGGGAACAUUCCCCCACCACAUGCUCUGUUUGCCCGUCUGUUGGUGGUAGCUGCCGUAGUGGAACUAGGAGAUGGGAGAAGCUCUGCAGCGCUGAGUCUUCUUAAUGUUAUGCAGAUUAACAUCCACCCAACAGUUGGCCAGUGUUGGAGCCAGGAGAUUCCUGCGCUGCUCCAGUGUCUGGAAGAAGCUGCGGAGAAACCCCUGCAACAGAUUGAGUGGGAAGAUAAACUUCUUAAGUUCCUGGUGGCCACACUGCAGUCUGUGGAAGACGAUGCUUGGAAAUGUCAGCUGUCCAUAGACAUGAACAAACAGCUCCCCAACUACAAUGUUUUUUCCACUGAGAAGAAUUUCCUGUACAGAUGCAUUGGCACCACGUUGGGCAUGUGUGUGAACCGUGACAUGGUGAGGAAACAGCUUCAAGAUCUGCUGGCAACAGCACGGUACCAGGAGGAGACAGAUCGGGAGGGACUGGCUGCUGCCUUUGGAAUCUGUUCUGUCCAUCACUUGGAUGACACACUGGAGAAAAUGUCUGAAUUCCUCAAAUCUGACAUCAUGAAGAAAAACUUGGGGAUUUUCAACAUAUUUAAGGAUCGAUCUGAUGGAGAUUUGGAGAAGAUUAAAAGCGCUCUUAUCCUUUGUUACGGCUACGUGGCCAUUUAUGCCCCCACAGAGCUUGUGCUACCACGGAUUGAGUCCGAUAUCCUCCGCAACAUUUUUCUCUAUUUCCAUACGAAGGUUCUGGGGAUAAAGGUAGAAUCCAAGGACCUGACUCUGAGGCUCUGUCUUAUUAGAAGCAUAUCGAUGGUUGGCCUGGCCAUUUGUAACAGCUCCCAAGCUGGUUUCUUCAACUUCAGCCGCAAGGUCGACCUUAUCACUCAGCUCAUGGAGUUCAUUAAAUCUGAGCCAGCGGAUACCAUGAAGACUGCAUUACGUCACCGCUGUCUGGUUGCAUGCACUUACCUGAUUAAGCUGGAGCCGCCUCUGAGUGAUGCCAACAAGUCUGAACUGAUCAAUACCAGCCUGACCAGCAUCUUUAGUCUUCCACCAGUGGGCACCGGGGGUGCUGGGGACUUGCUGAAAGAGACUCUAUACAAAGACACUCUCAUGGCUCUGAAGGACUUAUUGAGAAGUCUUCUAGUUUGGAACCUAACUCCCAGUGGGUUGCAGGAGAUGUUCCAGAUAAUGAGUCCUUGGAUCAAAUCAAGCAAAGAACAUGAACGAGAACGGGCACUGGAUGUAAGUGCAGAUCUGCUGGAUUGCUACUUACACAAGCUCAAUGUUAAUUGCGUUGUCCCAUUCCACAAUCUGGGGGCUUUGAUUGGUAGCCUGGCCACCCGCUGUGCGGACUCUCUCACUUCAAUCCGUCAACGCACAGUGGACUGCAUCUACUACCUUCUCUACAUCCAGCUGAGAUACGAGGGUUUUGCUUUAGAUUAUAAAGAUGAAUUGGUAGAAAAAUUGCAGACUUUCAGAUGUGGACUCCAGAAUCCGGACUCUGGUGUGUUGUUUCACACCUGCUUCAACAUUGCCGUGAUCAUUGGAAAACGGCUUCCUCCAGAGCAAAUUACUAGCCUCUUGUUCAUCACAUUUGAGGGACUUUCAGACCCUGAUACAAACUGCUCCAGAGCUGCAACUGUUAUGGUCAAUUCUCUGCUAAAAGAACGUGGCUCAAUCCUGCUUUCAAAGGUACCAGAGAUCAUUGUGAGAGUUCACGACCAGUUACAGGAUUCACAGGAAGAGCACGUAAAGAAAGCUGCCAUUCAGACCGUGUACAUUUUAGCCACUCAACACGUGGAAGCUGUGGUUUCUAGCCUUCUCUCCAGCCAGGUGCCGUAUGACAGUGAGACGUGCAUCCUGUGGAGAGCGCUGUCCUCCGAUCCUCCUCUCACGUCGCAGGUACUGACUCUCCUCUUGGAAAAGCUGUGCGCGGAUGUCCCGUAUAAGGAGAGCAAGACGUCUCUGCUGAGCUCUGUGUCUGGCCGGGUGGCUACGCUCCUUCCACUCUCUGCUGCCUGUGCUCUGCAGGAGGUUCUCUCCGUGCCAGAAUCUGCUCCGGCUGUGAUGGAACACUACUCCCAGCUCUUCACGGCACUCCUUCUCCGUAUCAGCUCUAUGGUUGGUGUCCACUUACCCAAAAACCUGGGCGGAUCCAAGGACAGGAAGAACUCCUCGCAACGCAGUCUGGACCCCUGCAGCUCUGCAGUGGAGGCUCUGAAGUACAUGCUCAUUCAGGGAGGAUGUGAGGAGGUGAGCCUCAGUGUAGAGGCUGAAGGAGGCUGGGAAAACAUGAAAAAAGAAGACUCCCAUCAUGUUGGCAUCUCGUCACUCAGCAGUUCCAUGGUACAGUAUGCAACGCCCAAGCUGCCAGCUAUCAUAAAGUGCCUGCAGCCAAUUCAGAGUGCGGUGUAUGACUGUCAGCGAAUCACCGCAACUGCAUUUCUUGCAGAGGUCUUACGUCACAGUGAUCUCAAUGAUUUCAUCGUCUUAGAGUCACUAAUGGACAGUAUGACAAGUCGGCUGAGGGAUAACUGUGUGAUGGUUCGGAUGCUUGCUGUUCGAGGUCUAGGGAACAUUGCUUGUGGUUCUCCUGACAAGGUGAAGAAAUAUGGAUCCCAGCUCCUGACUUCCAUGAUCAAUUCUAUGGAUGACCGUGAAGACCCCGAGCAUGUGGUGACACAGGAAGCCAUGUCAAGUCUGUCCUUGCUUCUCCCACAUGUACAAGACCGGGAUAUCCACUCACUGCUCAUUCACACAGCCAUCCGGAUCCGGCCUUUCUUCGACCAUGAGAGAGAGGAGCUCCGCAGUGCCUCUGUUGUCCUUUUUGGGAAUCUCAGCAAGUUCAGCUCUGGUGAAGGGGAGGAGGUAUUUUUUGAGCAGAUCCUGAAUAGCCUUGUGGUGCUGCUACUGCACCUGCAGGACCCAAAGCCAGAAGUUGUCAAGGCAUGUAAAGUUGCUCUGCAGAUGUGUGCAGCAAAAAUGAAGAGUCAGAGUCUGGCUGAGAUGUUCCAAAGUCACCUGCAGCCCAGCCGCAGCCUGCACUACGGAGAAUUCAUGAAUAAUGCCUGCAAACACCUGUUGCAGGGAUACCCAGACAUACUUUCUCAACUUAUACAAACUAAUAUUACCUACUUCAAGAGCAUCUGGCCCGAGGUCCGAGCAGCAGCUCCCAUGUUUAUUGGUUUCCUGGUGCUGCACAUGCAGAGCGAUCAGACUAAGCUGGUAGAUCUGGACCAUCUGGUCACAUGUCUCAUUGUGCUCCUGAAGGAUCCCGUACCAUCUGUGCGAGUUAAAGCCUCCGAGACUAUGGCUCGUCUUGUAAAGAUUGUAUAAUUGUUCAAGAAAGAAUUUCAAACUUAUCCUGAAAUAAAUGAGCCUAUUUCUGCAUGUCCAGCAUCACCUUAUGCUAAGGAGGAAGGCUUUCAAAAGGUCCUCACCAUUCCUCGAUUUCUUCGCGGUGUCCCUCCCACAUGGAAUCUCUAUGCUUAUCUUCUGUCUUUGUUAUAAAGAUGUGCCCAAUUCUGUCUUCCACCUUUGUCUCCCUGCUUGUGAGUGGCAGAGGAAGAGUUCCUUGGUUUGUAAUAUUGGAUUAUCCACCGGCUCAGAGACAUAGUUCAGUGGAGGGUUUCCUCUUUAUUGAUGGUGCAAUAUUUUUAGGCUGUGGUGGUUGUGUGUG